ACAAAACUAACUUAAUGGUUUUUGAGUGUAAAUAAAAUAUACGGUAUAACUAUAUUGAUAUUCGAAAAACCAAUAUAUUCAUUAUGCCAGUAAUGGUUAGAAAGCUGGAUUCUAAAAACCCUUUAUUACUGCUCACUGAAUAUUGUUUGAGUAAGUCUCGAAAAUGGACAUGAGUAAAGAAAAAUAAAUAUUACGAGUAUUUUAAAGCCAAAAAACAAGACUGGUGGAUAUGUUAAUGAUAUAGUAUAUAACAGACGGAUAUUGUAUCAGCCAGCACUGCUUUCUGAAAUGGUUUUUUUUUCAUCAUUGAGACUAUAAAAUAUAUGCCCUACUCUCUCUGAUUUCCUCCAAUGCUGAUUAUCUCAACACCAAUACGACCAUUCACAUAUACAUAUGUACAUAUAUAUAAGUGUGUAUAUAAAAGAAUCUGGUUUAUUUGAUAAGUGAUAACGGUGAGUCAGAAAUAGAAUCGAGGUAGCAAGGUUUAAACACUGAUAACUUUAGCGUCAUUUUAAGAGAGCGCAACCGAUAUGAAUACUCUCACAGUACGUGCUGAGCAAAGCGCGCACACUUAGCUCUAUGGAAACAUAAUAGCUACGCUAAUGAUAACAAAAAAUAAAUAAAAAUACAUACAUAUAUAUAAAAUUUAUAUUGGCUCAGUGAAAAUGUACCAAAAAUAAACACUCAUUUUUAUCGUGACUGUACACAAUACACUGGCAGCUUAGUCAAAAUUCGAACGCAAAUGCAAACGGUUGUGUUUGCACAUAUUUAGAUAAAAGUUGAACUAAAUACUUUAUUUAAGUAUUUUGCCGUGCGCUAUCCGGUUUUUGAUAGAUGAACCUUGAAAGCAAAAAAACAAAAAUGUAAAUAAAAAUGGAGUGUUGUCAAACAGAUAUAAAUAUGGACGAAGUUGGAUUGGAUUUGAACGGAAAGAAUGUUAUUUACAUAGGUGGCUUUGGUGGCAUCGGUUUAAAUACGUGUAUACAGCUGGUGCAAAAAGGUGUCGCGAAUCUCAUGAUACUCGAUCGGGUGUGGAAUGAGUCAGCUUUCAAUGAGAUAAAUGCCGUCGACACAAAACACGUUUGCCAGUUUAUGGCGUUUGACGUCACUUGUGGGUUGGAAGAAACUCGUGCGGUAUUUACGCGAAUAGUGGAAAAAUUUGGACACAUCGAUGUCCUUGUCAAUGGCGCGGGCAUAGCUGACGAACGAGAUUUCGAUUUGAUUAUUGCAACAAAUUUUACUGCCACCAUUAAUGCCACGCUAGUGGCCUACGAUUUAAUGGAUAAAAGUAAAGGUGGCAAAGGCGGUGUUGUUCUGAAUAUAGCUUCGGUAGCUGCACUGACACCCUUCCCCUCCUUACCAAUAUACAGCGCUACAAAGGGAGGAAUUUUGAACUUUACACGAGCAUUAGCGCUAUUAGAGCCAAAAACUGGCAUAAAGUUAUGUACCAUAUGUCCGGGCCCUACCAGCACCAAACAUUUUGAAGAUGUAUACUGCUUUCUGGGCAAGAAAUUGAUGUUGACCGAGAAAAUGCGUCGCUUAGUCAAAGCACAAUCGCCAGCUGAUUGUGCCACGAAUGUCAUAAAAGCCAUGGAGACAAACGCUAAUGGUGUCACUUGGUUGUGUGAUAUGGGCCAACUAAAAUUGGUGGAAAUAAAGAAUUUCUGGACGCCACCGCAUAAAGAAGCUGAACAAAACAAAGACGCUGAACAAAGUAAAGAAGCUGAACAAAACAAAGAAGCUGAACAAAAUAAAGAAAUUGAGAGUACUAAGGAAUUAAAACAAAACGAAAAAACUUUUCAAACGGAAGAAACAGUGCAAAUAGGAGAAACAUCGCAAAAGGCAGCAUCCGAAGAAAAAGCGAAAGCAAUUGUCCCAAACCCCCGCGAACAAGUGACAGAUGAAAAAAGGACAGACGAAACUAUGCCGCUGAGAAAACGAGGGUAUCUAAUAUGCGAUUUAGGAAGGGAUAUGCAAAACAUGAAGACCGCGACUGAAUACUGAGUAUUUAGAAAAUAUAUUGGAAAGCUUUACCUAUUUUAACAGUAUUUUAGAAAUUUUACUUUAUGGAAAUAUAGAGAUUAUCAGGGUCAUUUUAUAACAUAUGUAUGUAUUUAUAAACCAGUAAUAUAUACAUACAUAUGUUCAAUAAGGGAGCUACAAAAGUUAUUUUAACAACUAAGGUUUGGGAUAUCAAUGAAAUUCUUUAUUCUUGUAAAAGUAAAUUCUUACGUACUCCAUGAGUCACCACUGCAUUUCGAAAAAAUUACGGCGGGGAGCGGUUCAUGGACCGGCGGCGUCAUUGGGCCGUACUUUUUCCGUUUGUUUUGUUUAAAAAACGUUUGUAGCUCUUAUAUGAGAAAAUAUCAAUAAUAUAAUGCAAUGUUUAAUCAUAUAAAUUAAUAGGUAAUAGGUGAAUUU